CAGUAUUCAAAUUGCAUGUAUUUCAGUUCACAAAGCUGUAAAAGUUUUUUCAAAAGGAGCGUUCGCCGGAAUCUCACGUAUUCGUGCAGGGGUAGCCGGAACUGUCCCAUCGACCAACAUCACCGGAACCAAUGUCAGUACUGUCGGCUGAAAAAGUGUCUGAAAAUGGGCAUGCGCAGAGAAGCUGUGCAGAGAGGUAGAGUUCCGGCCAGCCAACCUCCUGGACUCACCGGACUUCCCGGUCAGCUGUGCUUAGCCAACGGUGAGGCAGCCGCGGCCGCGGCCGCUGCCGUGGGAGCCGUAGGACUCAACGGCCACUCGUACCUGUCCUCCUAUAUAUCGCUGCUGUUGCGCGCAGAACCGUACCCAACGUCUAGGUACGGCCAGUGUAUGCAACCAAAUAACAUCAUGGGCAUAGAUAACAUAUGCGAGCUGGCGGCCAGGCUGCUGUUUAGCGCCGUCGAGUGGGCUCGAAACAUACCCUUUUUCCCAGACCUGCAGGUGACUGACCAAGUGGCCUUGCUGAGGCUCGUCUGGAGUGAACUGUUCGUACUGAACGCAUCACAGUGUUCGAUGCCACUACAUGUUGCCCCGCUGUUGGCCGCAGCCGGGCUGCAUGCGUCUCCAAUGGCCGCAGAUCGUGUGGUCGCUUUCAUGGAUCACAUACGUAUAUUCCAGGAACAAGUGGAGAAACUCAAAGCCCUUCACGUAGACGCCGCCGAGUACAGUUGUUUGAAAGCCAUAGUCCUGUUCACUACCGACGCGUGCGGACUGUCGGACGUGGCGCACAUCGAGUCGCUGCAGGAGAAGUCUCAGUGCGCGCUGGAGGAGUACUGCCGGACGCAGUACCCCAACCAGCCGAUCCGGUUCGGCAAGCUCCUGCUCAGGCUGCCGUCCCUGCGCACGGUCAGCUCGCAGGUCAUCGAGCAGCUCUUCUUCGUCCGGCUGGUGGGCAAGACGCCCAUCGAGACGCUCAUCCGGGACAUGCUGCUCAGCGGCAGCAGCUUCAGCUGGCCGUACAUAAACUCCAUGUGACACUCCGUCUGGAGGCAGAUGACGGGCACGCCCGCCCCGUUGUGAUGCCGCGCCGCCGCCUGUUUUCAAACGCCUUCGGCCGAUCGCCCGGUAAAAUGAAAUAUAUUUUAUCGCCACGCGGGUAAACGGUGCGACGUGUCCGCGGCCGCGCGUCACCUUCGACGACGCGACGACGCGCUACAAAGUAUUUAUAUCAAUACACGAUGGUGUUGUGUUUUCGCGCGGCCGGGACGCGGGAACGCCGAGCCAUCACCGCCGGGUGCCGGACGCGUGCCCGUCACCUAUUUGCGCGCGCCGAGAGAAGAUCCACCACCAUCGCCGCCACCGUCUCGUCGUGUCGCCGCCGACCGUGUUGUCGUCGUCAUAAAAACGACGAUGAUUCGCAUACACACUCGUUCGGUCGGCGCGUACGACCUGCAGACGAGUAACGUGUUCGACGCGCGAUGACCCGUUUUGUAUACCGCGGCAUCGCGCGAUUAUUAUAAUAUAUUUUAUUAUUAUUAUUAUUAUUAUUAUUAUUAUGAUAUAUUACCUAUAUGCGUUUUA